AUGCAAGGCAAAGAAAUGGAAGGGUUGUCGUCUUCAUCGGCGAUCGCGCAGAAAACAUGGGAGCUCGAGAAUAACAUCAUCCCCAUGGACACUCCGGGCGCCGCCGCUUCCUCCUCCUCCACCACAACCAACGCCGACGACUCCAUCUUCUACUACGACGAGGCCGGCCAGAACGAGUUCCAGCGCGACAAGCCCUGGGCCAACGAUCCUCAUUACUUCAAACGCGUCAAGAUCUCCGCACUCGCGCUCCUCAAGAUGGUCGUCCACGCGCGCUCCGGUGGCACCAUCGAGGUCAUGGGCCUAAUGCAGGGCAAGACCGACGCCGACGCCAUCAUCGUCAUGGACGCCUUCGCUCUCCCCGUCGAAGGCACCGAAACGCGCGUUAAUGCUCAGGCCGAUGCGUACGAGUACAUGGUCGAUUAUUCCCAGACAAACAAACAGGCUGGGCGGUUGGAGAAUGUUGUGGGAUGGUAUCACUCUCAUCCUGGGUACGGAUGCUGGUUGUCGGGGAUCGAUGUUUCGACCCAGAUGUUGAAUCAGCAGUUUCAGGAGCCGUUUCUGGCUGUUGUGAUUGAUCCCACGAGGACUGUUUCGGCGGGGAAGGUUGAGAUUGGGGCUUUCAGGACUUACCCUGAAGGGUAUAAGCCUCCGGAUGAGCCUAUUUCUGAGUAUCAGACUAUUCCUCUCAAUAAGAUUGAGGACUUUGGUGUCCACUGUAAACAGUAUUAUGCCUUGGAUAUCACUUAUUUUAAGUCAUCUCUUGAUUCGCACCUCUUGGAUCUUCUGUGGAACAAGUACUGGGUGAAUACAUUGUCGUCUUCUCCUCUGUUGGGUAAUGGAGAUUAUGUUGCUGGGCAAAUCUCUGAUUUAGCUGAGAAGCUAGAACAAGCAGAGAAUCAGUUGGCACACUCGCGCUUUGGGCCACUAAUAGCACCGACACAAAGAAAGAAAGAGGAAGAAUCUCCACUUGCUAAAAUUACUCGUGACAGUGCAAAAAUAACUGUGGAGCAAGUGCAUGGUCUGAUGUCACAGGUCAUCAAGGACAUUCUGUUUAACUCUGUUCAUCAAGCAAAUAGAAGUCGAACAGAACCAACUGGUCCUGAACCAAUGAUUGAAAGCUGA